GGGGUUGGUGGAGGGACAUUUUACCGUGAAGACUCUGAACGCACCACAUGUCUGUGGAGCAUCUUCAGGAAAUCACGGACACGCUCAAACACGCACGCGGGGACGUUUUUCAGCACAGCGCUCGCGCGUGCACUGAGCCGCACAGUCGAGUAGCAGGCACGAGCCGCUGCGCGCGCGGAAGAGACGCAAAUUAAAAGAAAAAAAAGGUGGGGGGAAAACGCUGAAGCCGCGAGUGGAGACCGCGAGGAGAGCAGCGCGAGCGCCGGGAAUUGGUGUGCACGAGAUCCAAAAUGGGAGGAAAGCUCAGCAAAAAGAAGAAGGGAUACAGUGUCAAUGAUGAGAAGUCCAAAGACAAGGACGCCAAAGCAGAGGGCGCCUCUGCCGAGGAGAGCGAAGCACCGAAGGACAAGAAAGAUGAGGCCUCAGCAGCUACCGACACCAAGGAGGCAGUGAACGACACGGCAGCCAAGGAGCCACCCGCUGCCGAUGCCGCUGCGGCAAAAGACGGGGAAAAGAAUGCGACACCCGCCGCAAAGGAGUCUGAAAAACCUGCUGCCAACGCUGAGCCGAAAACCGAGGCCCCCAAGUCAGCAGAGCCCGCCAAAACCGAGGAGAAACCAGCCGCUGCAGCCCCGGCCAAAGAGUCAGCCCCCGCUGCCAAGGAGCCCGAGCCCAAAGCUGCGGCGCCCGCCCCGGCGGCGGAGAGCAAAGGUGAGGCCAACGCCAAAAAGACUGAGGCCCCCGCAGCACCAGCAGCCAAAGCUGAGCCUCCAGCUGCCGAGUCCAAACCCACGGAGGCGCCGGCGGCUCCUGCCCCAGCAAAGGAUGCCGCCGCCGCUGCGCCUAGCUCAACACCAGCCGCCGAACCCCCGGCCAAGGAAGCGAACGCCACAGAGGCACCAAGCAAGGAUCAAACCGUAGCAGUUCAAGAUUAAUGGACAGCUUCUUUUCGGAAAUGAAGAAAUAAAUUACCUAACUCAGCAACCACGAAGAUAAAAAAAAACAAGAUGAAAUUUACUAGCCCGCCAAUAUUACGAUAAUAACAAUAAUAAUAAUAAUUGUAAUGAUGACGACGAUGAUUUGUUGAGGACUGGAGCCACUGCAGAAGAUUAUUGCUAUUAUUAUUGUUAUGUUUUAUUCUAUUUUUUCUGCUGUAGUAUUUGAACUUUGAUACGAGUCUGUGUUGGCCAUCCCACCUUCGUCAUCCUCACCGAACCUCGGCCCAGGUCCCCAUUUCAGCCCCACACUCCCCCUCCCCCGCUCCUCGGAUGUCCACGGUUGAGGACGGUCGAGGGGUCUAAGUACCAGCUGGACGUACAUCAGUCCACUCUUCAGCUCUGCUUCAUCCACCCCUCCUCCUCCUCUAGAGAGUUGUUUUCUCAUUUACCAUUUUUUUCUAUCCAAACACCUCUUUGCCUCCUUUUGGAAACUCUAGAAACAGAGAAGAAACGUGUUUAUUUCAGUGGAGGAAGUUGAGGCUUUUCUUAGACGUUUCGGGAUCAAAAUCGUCUUUUUCGGCAAAGCAAAACACUCUUAGAUGUUCUCCAGUCGUAUGGAAUUUUUCAGAUAGACUUCUACGUUUUGUACUGGAACCCUUAGAUAUAUUCUAGUGGUUUUUUUAAACAUUUGUAAUACGGAUGGAACCUAUAAAACGCUUAGCUGGAAAGGUCUUAGAAAUGUUCUUAGAGAGCAGAUCAUGAGAUGGUGAACAGAACCAGCACCCAGAUACCUCCUGAUCAUCCUCACUCUGCGGUUUGUGUUUUGGAGGAAAGAGUCAAAUCCUGCCCUGAAUCGAGAAACCGAAACACAAGCAUCUUGUUUUGGGACUAAGUCGUGGUUUUAGACAUCCGAGGCUUUGGUAGAGGAUUCUUAUUUGUGAAGGCGAGUGAACAGACGGACUUCAGGACCAGGAACGUUGUAGCCUGGUGCCUGUUGAAGCAUGUGUUGGUGCUGCUCGGUCCAGGUCAGAGCCCCUUCAGUUUCUAAGACUAAAGAGUUUGCCCCCCACCUCCCUUUAGGUCAGGGGUUUCAAACUCCAGACCUUAAGUGGCGGUGUCCCACAUGUUUUCCAACCAACCUGCCAUUGAAGCUCCUUAUUGACCAAACACACCUGAUCCAGGUAAUCAUCAGCAUAUAAGGCUGGUUUUUGGAGAACUAGCAGUAGGACGGCCCUUGAGGCCUGGAGUUUGACACUCUGCCUUUCAGCAUUUCCCCUCACUCUGCAGAAAUUACAUAGAAAAACGGUGAAAGAAAGAGAAAGUGUUUGCUUUGCAUUUGGGAUUCUAAAAAUAUCUAAAUUGGAGUUGGCGGAAUCGUGCGUUGGAGAAAAUAAAAAAGUUAAGCAUAAAGGUCAACAUCUGCAGCAAACCUGCUUUAAAGUGGUAUGAAAUAUGGUUCUUUUCCCCUAAUCUGGUUCACUCUGAGGGAGAGUCGAUUUCCAUUCCAGACCAACUGUCCUCUAACCACCUUUGCAUCAGUGCAGAGAUACGUGUGGUCAUGUCAUCCCUCCAUCCAUCCAUCCAUCUGACUCACGGCGUCUUCCUCCCAGCACUCGUCAAACCGUAGCAGAAACCAACAGAGCAUCACCGGAGGAGCGCCGUGUGUCUCUCCGUUCAGUUUUUCUUCCUCUCUUGACUCGGUAAAUUGCAUGUCUGUGGUUGGGUGAACCUGUCGUCCUGUCUUUUUGGUCAAGUGGAGAAAAAAAUGUAAAAAAAAAAAAAAAAAAAGUAAAUAAUAAUUUCUCAGUUUGUAUCCAUGGAAACUACAGUUGAUAUUUUCAUUCCAUGUCUCACCACCGCUAUUUCCACACAACACGUUUGUUCAAAUAAACAGAAAAGAUGAUAUGGAAAUUGAUGCAUUCAAAAUUAUAUGUACUUGUAUAAAUGGUGCAACAGUAAUAAAAUGUAAGAAACUGUU